UGGGCAGUACUGACAGGCGACACUGCUGGGCACUGAUGGGUGACACUGCUGGGCACUGAUGGAUGACACUGCUGGGCACUGCUGGGCAUCCAGGGCUGGACUGACAACUCAUGGGGCCCCCGGGCAAUAGGGGAUCAUGGGGCCCCUGUGUCCUCUCCCACACUCAAAAAAGCCUAUAAAAAGGUACCAAUGGCAUCUCAUGGGGCCCCUAAUGACCCCAGGCCCUCGGGCAGUGCCCGAGUUGCCAAAUGGUCAGUCUGCUCCU